AUGGCUAGUCCUGAAGGAGGAUUAGUUCCCAAGGCAGUUGAGGAGAAUGAGAAAGAGAGCAAGGGAUCAGAUCUAGAAGUGCCUAAGUAUGCAAGGUAUCUUAGAGAUAUUAUGGCAAACAAGCGAAGACAUACAGAGUUUGAAACAGUUGCACUUACUGAAGAGUGCAGUGCUAGAGUUCGGAGUAAACUUCCUCCUAAGUUGAAGGAUCCCAGGAGUUUCACAAUUCCUCUAUCUCUUGGAAAACAAGAAGUUGUCAGAGCCCUGUGUGAUUUAGGGGCUAGUAUAAAUUUGAUGCCAUCCUCUUUGUUCAAGCAGCUCGGAUUGGGGGUGCUUAGACCUACUACAAUCAUUUUACGGUUAGCAGAUAGGUCACUAGCUAUGCCAGAAGGAAUUAUUGAGGAUGUGUUAAUUCGAGUUGGAAAGUUUAUUCUUCCUGCUGAUUUUAUUGUUCUUGAUUACGAGGCGGAUGAGGAAGUACCCAUUAUUUUGGGGCGAUCAUUCUUAGCUACCGGUGGAUCGAUUAUUGAUGUGAGGGAAGGAAAGUUGAAGAUGAGAGUUGACGAUGAGGAAAUCACUUUUAAUGUGUACAAGGCACUUAAGCUCCCUAAGCAUUAUGAGGACUUGUGCAUGAUUACUGUGGUAGAAUCCAAGGGGAUAGAGCAUAGCCCUUAUGUGAAUUAUAGUGAUCCAGAUGGGACAACUGAGUUAGAGGAGGUGGUGUUUCAAGAUGAGUGUGUAAAAAUGAUUGAGAAAAGAGCUAGAGAUGAAAUAAGAGACCUUCCGAGAGCGUGCAAAAAGGCUAGACUUCAUGGGAGAAAGAAGAAGAGAAAGCGCCAGCCUGAGAUGAGUAGCAGAGUCGUGCCACGACUAUAA